GCUAGUGGAGGGAUCUGGCUCCCUUCCCCUCUAGCCUAGCUAGUGGAGGGAUCUGGUUCCCUUCCCCUCUAGCCUAGCUAGUGGAGGGAUCUGGCUCCCUUCCCCUCUAGCCUAGCUAGUGGAGGGAUCUGGUUCCCUUCCCCUCUAGCCUAGCUAGUGGAGGGAUCUGGUUCCCUUCCCCUCUAGCCAAGCUAGUGGAGGGAUCUGGUUCCCUUCCCCUCUAGCCUAGCUAGUGGAGGGAUCUGGUUCCCUUUCCCUCUAGCCUAGCUAGUGGAGGGAUCUGGCUCCCUUGUGCUGCGGUUUCAUCUGAACCGCAUUACACCGCCUUGUGGAUGUGCUGCGGUUUCAUCUGAACCGCAUUACACCGCCUUGUGGAUGUGCUGCGGUUUCAUCUGAACCGCAUUACACCGCCUUGUGGAUGUGCUGCGGUUUCAUCUGAACCGCAUUACACCGCCUUGUGGAUGUGCUGCGGUUUCAUCUGAACCGCAUUACACCGCCUUGUCCAUGUGCUGCGGUUUCAUCUGAACCGCAUUACACCGCCUUGUCGGUGUGCUGCGGUUUCAUCUGAACCGCAUUACACCGCCUUGUCGGUGUGCUGCGGUUUCAUCUGAACCGCAUUACACCGCCUUGUCGGUGUGCUGCGGUUUCAUCUGAACCGCAUUACACCGCCUUGUCGGUGUGCUGCGGUUUCAUCUGAACCGUAUUACACCGCCUUGUCGGUGUGCUGCGGUUUCAUCUGAACCGUAUUACACCGCCUUGUCGAUGUGCUGUGGUUUCGAGGUUUCUUGUCAGUUGUCUUUGCACCUGAGUGAGUUUGCGGUGCCUUGGGCAAAGUACAGUAAAACGCCUCACAACCAUGUUUUAUUUCCAUUUCCUCACGCAAGCAAUUACUGGGAGAGUUAAACGAGAAACAGCGGACGGACUACGUCCCCAAACCCAUGGCCACCCCCAUGCCUCCCAUCCCCACACCCCUCCCUCCUGCCCCGCCACGUCUCCCCACCCCUCCCCUGCCCCCACCGGCCGAACUCCCCCGUCCCACUCCCGGCAAGGUGAGCAGACAGAGCAGCAACACCUCCAGCGACGCCGGAAGUAUCCCAGCUAGCAUCACCAUGAGAGACCACCCGAACCAGAGACCACUGCCAGUCAACCGGAGGAAGUCCAACAUGGAGGAGGUUCAGGAUGAGUUGAUGCACCGCCUCACGUUGGGUCGAAGCGCCAACAAGAAGUUUGCUGUUCCUCCUCGCAGCGCCUCCCUCCCGUCCGUCAACGUCACGUACGACUCCUCCCCCGACGAGGUCAAGGCCUGGCUGCAGCUGAAGGGAUUCAGCUCUGUUACCAUUACCAGUCUGGGAGUAUUAACCGGAGCGCAGCUGUUCUCUCUGAAUAAAGAGGAGCUGAAGACCGUGUGUCCGGACGACGGGGCCAGGGUCUUCAGUCAGGUGACAGUCCAGAAGGCCGCUCUGGAGAGGAGUUCAGGGUCAGAGCUGCAGGAGAUCAUGCGGAGGCGUCAGGAGAAGCUGUUGGUCGCGGCAGGUGACUCAGGAGUGGAGUCAUUGGAUGAGUGCAGCAGCCACUGACCCCCCCCCCAGGCCUCGCCCACCUCCCUCGUGACCACGCCCCUUUACGUUGUCACGGUUUCUGUUUCCAGGACGCCACGGAGCGCGCCCAGUUCGCUGAGAUCCUGAGACGACGACAGGAGGUUCUGGAGCAGUCCCCUUAGAAGGGAAGCAACACUAGACAGAGACUGGAACAUCUGGAGCAGUCCCCUUUAGAAGGGAAGCAACACUAGACAGAGACUGGAACAUCUGGAGCAGUCCCCUUUAGAAGGGAAGCAACACUAGACAGAGACUGGAACAUCUGGAGCAGUCCCCUUUAGAAGGGAAGCAACACUAGAGACAGAGACUGGAACAUCUGGAGCAGUCCCCUUUAGAAGGGAAGCAACACUAGACAGACAGAGACUGGAACAUCUGGAGCAGUCCCCUUUAGAAGGGAAGCAACACUAGGCAGACAGAGACUGGAACAUCUGGAGCAGUCCCCUUUAGAAGGGAAGCAACACUAGGCAGACAGAGACUGGAGCAUCUGGAGCAGUCCCCUUUAGAAGGGAAGCAACACUAGACAGACAGAGACUGGAACAUCUGGAGCAGUCCCCUUUAGAAGGGAAGCAACACUAGGCAGACAGAGACUGGAACAUCUGGAGCAGUCCCCUUUAGAAGGGAAGCAACACUAGACAGACAGAGACUGGACUAUCUGGAGCAGUCCCCUUUAGAAGGGAAGCAACACUAGACAGACAGAGACUGGAGCAUUCGACGUGGACUACCGGGGAUGCCUGAUGGGAAUACCUGUGGAUUUAUACACUUACACUUCAACGAACUAUUAUUGUCUUUGAUUUAAAAAAUGUGUCCGUUAUUUCAUGCACAGGAUGGUGGGGAAGUAGCAGGAGAAAACUCUGGGACCAGAGUUAUUCUAGAUACAGGUGUCAUUGUUGUCUUUUUGGGGGGAGGGGAGGGGUUGUAGGAUAACACAGAAUGGACCGGGUGUGGUCUUGACGUACAGACGAAAUCGAACCGACCAAAAGUUCGAUCUCUAGACUAUUUCCAGAUAUGAAACGAUAAGAUGUUUAUAAUAACCAAAACGUUUGAAUAUUAUUAAUCAUUAUUUUGUGUAAAUCUUCAGGUUUACUGGGUAAAGAGAGGAAUAUGAUAUUUGUGUAUAUCCUGUUUCAUGUUAUGGUAAUGCCAACAAAAAAAAAAUUGUAAACUUCAUAUAAAUGACAUUUGGUCAAAUUAAUUUCAGAUACAGGAA